GUCACCAAGGAGCCAGAUCUCCUAGAUGGCUGGUGGACAUCUGAAUACCUCUUCGCGCUGGAGCGUCGAGCCGUCUUUAGCAAGACAUGGACUUGCAUCGCUCACCGAAGUCGUUUCCUCAAACCAGGCGACUACAUCUCCCUGGAACUAGCUGGAUUUCCAGUCCUGAUCAUCCUCGGGAAAGAUCACAUUGCUAGAGCAUUCCAUAACGUUUGCAGACAUCGAGCCUAUACUGUUACUAAGAAGCCGGCCGGAUCUUCUCUAGUCUUAGGCUGUCGGUAUCAUGGGUGGUCAUAUGAUACUAAGGGAGACCUUGUCAAAGCUCCUCAGUUUGACGAUGUCGAGGGAUUCGACAAAUCCGAAAAUGGUCUCUUCAAGAUACACACCUGCACAGAUCGAGGUGGCUUCAUCCAUAUCAACCUCGAUGCAGGCCAGCUUUUGGACUCACCGGACUGCGAGAACACAGUCGAUUUUUUAGAUGAGCACGGAAUCUCAGCCGGAAGCGCUUGGCUUACAGGCUGGGAAUUGAGUGGAGCAUUUAAUUGGAAGACAAUCGGUGAGUCUCCCUCCAGUCGUUAUGUGUUCUCCAUGUUCCGCCAUCGUCACUUGGACCUUAGCGAGAGCCAGGUCCUUCAGAUCGCCCCAACGACGACUGUCAUAUCCAUCCUGAACUCCCCCAUUUGGGCGACGCUCACCAGGCUCCCGGCCUCCGCCGGUCGAUGCACUGUAAUGUGUGAUGUUUUCUCUACUAAGGCUGUAAUUCUUGACCCGGUCGACCAAGAGGCUUUGAAGUCCCUUUUCACUUCCCAUAUCAAUGAUCUUGAGCAAAGCUAUGAAGCAGUGAAGAUCAUCCGCCCUUUCCAGGAGCCAUCUCUUUUACCGCUUUUGAAAGCGCAUCUGAAGCUGGAGAGGCUUGCUGGAAUGGAAAUAUUCCCUGGGAAACAGGAUGGAGGGAAGAGUGAGAGCUUUUGCCGAGCCGAG